ACUCCGUUGCGCCGCUGGGCAAGCAUGGGACCCGCGCGCGCCCUCCCAGCGCCCACACCUGUCUGAGCGGCGCAGCGAGCCGCGGCCGGGCGGGCUGCUUGUCCGGGAGUGGUGCUCAGCAUGGCGGGGAUUCCAGGACUCCUCUUCCUCCUCCUCCUCCUCCUUCUCUGUGUGGUAGGACAAGUGCGCCCCUACAGUGUACACUGGAAACCCACUUGGCCUGCUUACCGCCUCCCUGUCGUCUUGCCCCAGUCCACCCUCAACUUAUCCAAAGCAGACUUUGGGGCCAAAGCCAAAUUGGAAGUGUCCUCCUCAUGUGGGCCACAGUGUCAUAAGGGAACUCCCCUGCCCACCUAUGAAGAGAUCAAGCAAUACCUGUCUUAUGAAACACUCUAUGCCAAUGGCAGCCGCACAGAGACCCAGGUGGGAAUUUACAUCCUCAGCAAUGGUGGAGGUGGGACCCAGAGCCAAGUCUCAGAAUCCUCAGGAAGGUCUCGGAGGAAGCGGCAGAUUUACGGCUAUGAUAGCAGGUUUAGCAUUUUUGGGAAGGAUUUCCUGCUCAAUUACCCUUUCUCAACAUCCGUGAAGUUAUCAACAGGCUGCACGGGUACCCUGGUGGCAGAAAAGCACGUCCUCACAGCUGCCCACUGCAUUCACGAUGGGAAAACAUAUGUGAAAGGAACCCAAAAACUCAGAGUGGGUUUCCUGAAGCCCAGAUUUAAAGAUGGUGGUCGAGGGACCAAUGGCUCCAGCUCAGUCACCCCAGAAAAGAUGAAAUUUCAGUGGAUCCGAGUGAAACGCACCCAUGUACCUAAGGGUUGGAUCAAGGGCAAUGCCAAUGACAUUGGCAUGGAUUAUGACUAUGCCCUCCUGGAACUCAAAAAACCCCACAAGAGAAAGUUCAUGAAGAUUGGGGUGAGCCCUCCUGCUAAGCAGCUGCCAGGGGGUAGAAUCCACUUCUCUGGCUAUGAUAAUGACCGACCAGGGAAUCUGGUGUACCGCUUCUGUGACAUCAAAGACGAGACCUAUGACCUACUCUACCAGCAGUGUGAUGCUCAACCGGGAGCCAGUGGAUCAGGGGUCUACGUGAGGAUGUGGAAGAGACCGCAGCAGAAAUGGGAGCGAAAGAUUAUUGGCAUUUUUUCAGGGCACCAGUGGGUGGACAUGAAUGGUUCCCCACAGGAUUUCAACGUGGCUGUUAGGAUCACCCCUCUCAAAUAUGCCCAGAUUUGCUAUUGGAUUAAAGGAAACUACCUGGACUGUAGAGAGGGGUGACACAGUGUUCCUUCUGGCAGCACUUAGUGGUCUUCAUGUACUUCUUUUAGGAAAGAUCAAAUUUUGGCUUUGGAGUGUGCAUGUAUGUACUACAUCACAUCAUAUCUUUUACCUAGUAUCUUAAAAUUACAAGAUGACUGGCUUUAUUAUUUGAAAACUGGUUUGUAUAUCAUACAUCAUUUCAGCAGUUUGAAGACAUUUUUGCAUAGAAAUAAAAAGCAUAUUGAUCUUUGGGGAAAUGGGGAGCAUUUGGUGAUUAAGUUAAGCUUUCAUAUCUUAUGAACUUUGAUUUUUAUCUCAUGUGAACAUGUGUGAAGAGUUUCUAUUAAAUAUGCGGUAUA